AAUUCUAUUAUACGGAAAACGGAACUGAACGGAACUUAUUAUCAGUUUGUUUCAGGUUUCAGCUCAGCUUAUUUAUCAAAAACCAUCCAAAGCACGUGUUUGUUAUUAAACUUAAUAAAAUUAUAAAUAACUCAAAAAAUUAUCAGAGAUAAUAAAUAAUGGCUAAAUCAUUGAGAAGUAAAUGGAGAAGAAAGUGCAGAGCAGUAAAACGUGAACGUUAUGGAGUUAAAGAACUUGCUAGAUUAAAGAAAACUUUGGGUAUUGACGAAAAUGGCCAGCAAGAUGUAGAAAUGAACGAGUUAUCUGAAAUAGCGACAGUCGUUGAUGCAAAAAUAAUUCAAGCGGAAAAAGAUAAAAAAGCUGAUGGAAAUGAUGCUGAAAAUCAUGUAGAUCAGAUGGAUCAAGAUGGAAAACGUGUUUACAACAAAAAGACAAUGAAAGAUCAGUUUGGCCAGUACCCAGUUUGGAUGAGCAGCCGGAAAAUUGCCAAGCAUAAGAAAGGACGUGGUAAAAAUCUACAGUCCACCUCUAAAUCAAACAAAAGACUUACAAGAAGACAAAAAAAAAUUUUAAAGAAAAAAGGUAGCUCCGAUUUUAAAUAAUUAACAUUAAAACUCCAUUAAUUGCUAAUUAAUCAUAAAUUUUAUCAAUUAAAAUUUCACAAUAGUUUAUAUUAACUAUACACUAUAUCAUUAUAUUAUUUUUAUUAUCUAAUUGCUGAUGUGAACACGAUUAACUUAAUAAAUAAUUAAUUAAUUAUUAUAAAAUUA